AUCUAGAAAGAGUAAAUUUGACAUUAAUCCAAGUAAUUUAAAAUGGAAGUAAAUAACAUUGACAAGAUAGUUAACAUUGAUCAGUGGAUAAAAGAGAAUGAAAAUAAUUUUUGUCCUCCUGUGUGCAAUGCUAUUAUGGCUGAAGGUUUUUUAAAGAUUAUGUUUAUUGGAGGUCCCAACACCCGGAAGGAUUACCAUUUAGAACAAGGAGAGGAGUUAUUUUAUAUGAUCAAAGGUGAUAUGUGCCUAAAAAUAAUGCUUCCUGAAGGUCCUAAAGAUGUAUUAAUAAAGGAAGGAGAGAUUUUUUUGCUUCCAUCAUGUAUUCCUCACUCCCCUCAAAGAUUUCCAAAUACCAUAGGUCUGGUGGUUGAGCGAGAUCGUUCUGAUGUGUGUGAUGUGUUAAGGUAUUAUUGCGAUGAUGGAAUCACAAUUUUGUGGGAAAAAUAUUUUCAUUUACACAGUCUAGUUAAAGAUUUCCCAAUCAUUAUCAAAGAAUUUUUUGAAUCGACUGAGUUCAAGACUGGUAUUCCAAAUAAAGAGGCUGGAAAAAUUCAGGCAUUUCCAAGUCCUAAAAACCUAAACUUUUCAGAACCAAUUCCAUUGCAAGAGUGGCUAUCUAAAAACUUUUCAGCAGAGAAUAAUGUGGUAGACCUUUUCAACGAAGAAUUUAAGGUAAAAAUAUACAGACAAGGUACUUUUGAUAUUCAUAAUACAAAUGAAACAUGGCUUUGGCUUAAGGUUGGUAAUGGUGCUUGUACAAUUGAUAGUAAAAAAAGUUUUCUAAAUCAGAAUGAUUCAUUACUUGUGUCAGCUAAUAAAAGCUUUUUUCUCGAAGUCAUUGGUGAAACGUCUUUUUGUAUGGUAGUUACAAAUGUGGUGUAAAAUGCUUACAUAAAACGAAAUGAACACCGUUCUUAGACGAAGAAGAAGGAUUGCAAUCCCGCACCCUUUUCAAUUCCGCUGGAUUCGUGCUUGAUUUUUUAAUUACUGCGGGAUCCCACGAGAUAUUGGAAGAAUUUGAUUUCUUAUACAUAUUAAAAAUGAAAUGAUGACAUUUGUACCUUUACUUUCAAAUAUUUCAGUUAAUAACAGUAUAAACAGUUACCUUUCAAAUAUUUCAGGUUAAAUAAGCUCAAAAAUUUAUAAUUUUAAGAAAAUUAUAUUGUAAAUAAAAAUAAACCAAUUCAUUUGUAAAUCAAUACAAUUCGGAGCUUUUAAUAAUCAAAACGAUAAAAAAAGAAUACAUAAACGUAACUUAAUGUUUUGAUUAAUGUUUUUUAAUAAUUUUAAAAUAAUUUUUUAUAAAAUUCAUAUUUUUUAUAAAAUUCAUAUUCAAGUUUUUUUUUAAUUUUAUAUGAUUCAAAGUGAUAAGUUGAAGUGUUUUUGUUGUUUUGUUGUUGAUGUUGCUGUUGUUUACUUUGCAAAAUUUUGAUAUUUUCGCAAUGUAAUUAUUGAGAAUAGUUCUAUAUAUUUUUUUCAUUUAUUUUGUAAAUUGUUAUAUUGUAUAUAUAAUAUUUCAUCUUUAUAAA